AUCAUUAGUCUUCGUUAGGCGGUCUUUGUGUCAACAACGUGUUGCUCUCCCUCCGGUGGAAAGUCGAAAGCCAACAAUCGCCCCUCGCUCGCGACUUUUCGCUCGCGUUUUUCAGCUCGUUUAUCGCAAGGACUACAAAAGUGUUUGUGUGUUUUUUGGCCCACCAUAAACGAGUGUGCGUGCCAAAGUGCAACAAGUCUCGACUGUAAUUUAAUUGCAACAAUUUCCACGCUUUCCACAUUUCCCGAUUUGAACAAGUGCAAAACACGACUCGAUCGUAUCGCCCAGAAAGAUAUAUCAGUGUCGCAGUGUUUGUGCAAAGUGGAGCAUUCAUCUCCACAAAAAAAACCGUACAAAGGCACUGCGUUAGUCAGCAGAUCGAGGACACCCAGUGUACGUGACUUGGUCUUUUCCAGCACCCAAUCGAAAGAAUCCCCUUUGCCGAGCGGUAGGAAUACGCUCGCAAUGUUGCCGCAUCAUCAGCGCCACAAAAUGGCGGCUUCGGCGGACAGCGCCACCUACUUCCUGCUCCUCGCGCUCCUGCUAAUUGCCGGCUGCCUGGUGGCGCCCGCCGAGGGACGCGCCAAGGAGGAGCGUCGCAACAGGGGGCGUGGCAGCAGCAGUGGCUCGCUGGCAUCCUCCUCGAGCAGCAGCAACAUCAACGGGAACUACUACGGGGGAUCCUCGGGCUCCUCCUCCGGUUACGUGUUCACCAGCAGCAGUGCCGUGAACUCCGGAAGCACCGGGUACAGCGGACCCAUGGACAGCACUGGAUUUUGCACCCGGCGAAGGGACAUGAAGCUGAUGUGCUACUGCACCCCGGAUGAGAACCAUGUGCCGGUCCAGAAGGCCGAGUGCUGGGUCUUCUCGGAGGGACUGCUCCAGAACGACACCACUUGGACGCGGUUCUACCAGCAGAAGCGGUUGAAGGAGCUGAAGUUCGUGAUCCAGAACAACGCACGAUUGGACUACAUACCCACCAUGAUAAUUGAGCCGCUGAAGAACCUGAGCAGCAUUGUGAUCGAGUACUCCCAGGUGGAGAUUGUCAAGAGCUAUGCCUUCGCCAACUUGCCCUUCCUGGACACCAUUAUCCUGAUUCACAACCACAUCAUGGCCCUCGAUCAGGAUGCCUUUGCCAACCACAUCAGGCUGAAGGAGCUGAACCUGCAGCACAACCAGAUCUUCGAGAUGGACCGCUAUGCCUUCCGCAAUUUGCCGCUCUGCGAAAGCCUCUACCUGAACAACAACAACAUCAGCACUUUGCACGAGGGCCUGUUUGCCGACAUGGCCAGGCUGACCACUCUUAACUUGGCCCACAAUCAGAUAAAUGUGCUGACCAGCGAGAUUUUCCGGGGAUUGGGCAAUCUGAAUGUGCUGAAGUUGACCAGGAAUAAUCUGAACUUUAUUGGGGAUACUGUCUUUGCGGAGUUGUGGAGUCUGAGUGAACUGGAACUGGACGAUAAUCGCAUUGAGCGAAUCUCCGAGCGUGCUCUCGACGGCCUGAAUACGCUGAAAACCCUGAAUCUGCGGAACAACCUGCUGAAGAAGAUCGACAACGGUCUGCUGCGGGGAACCCCCGCCCUGCUGUCCAUCAACGUGCAGGCAAACAAAUUGGAAACGCUGACGUUCUACACGUUCCAGCCAAUUAUGGACAAUUUGGUCAACAGCACCAGUGAGCUGCUGGUGUCAGACAACAAAUUCAUUUGCGACUGUCGUCUGCAGUGGAUCUUCGAAUUGAAAAAUCGCACACGUCACCUGCAGCUGCGUGACUCGCUGGAGGACCUCCACUGCACGCUGCAGGAGCCGAAGCUGUCGCACUUUGUGGACCCCGUGCCGUCGGACAUCCUGGACAGACUGAACGUCGGCGGCUUCACGGCGAUUGGCAGCAAUAGUGCCAGCAUGGGCGGCGUGGGCAACAGCGUGGUGGGCAGCAGCUACAGCGGCCUGAGCCUGGACGACGGCAGGAAGCACUCGGCCAGCAGGUCGCGACAGGCUCUCCGGGGACAGCGGCAGUUCGCCUCGAACGCGGAGAACGUGGUGGAGUCCAAGAUGAGCAGGCGGCGGAAGCGGCAGCAGGAGGAGCUCAAGCAGAAGGACCUGGCAGCGGUGGCGCCCACCCACAAGCGAUACGACUACUACGACGACAACAAUGGUGGACUGUCCCUGGGCCACGGCCUCGAUCUGGACGACAACCUGAGUCUGCACAAGCAGGGAUUCUACGGAGCCGGCUCUACCCCGGUGGGUCACAACGAUGUGGACGUGCUGAUGACCUCGCACUCCUCGUCGGGCGACGCCCUCGACAUCCUGGCCAACAAGAAUGCCAUCAGCGUGAAGCUGUUCCAGCUCAAGCCGGAGAUGCUGCCCUGCCACGACGAACUGAGCGAUCCCACCGAGCUGCCCCUCUCCCGCGAUCUCAUGGAUGUGCGCAGCAACGUCGGCCAGGACAUGUCGAUGGGAGGAUCCAAUCCCUUGGUUCAAGGUAUGCCGCUCCUGGUGGCGAUCCUGGCGGCUCUGACGCUCAGCCGAGGUUGAAUGUCCACUGGGGAGGAGGAGCUUCCCUCCGAUGAGUACGGUUGCCGCCGAGUGGUGACCCCAACGUUUGGUUCUGCAUUGUACAUACUGUCUUGGAGAUGUGGUGCCCUUGGGAAACGAGCUUCAACACGAAAUACGAAAGAUACCAGCUACAGUCCUGUAAAUAUGUAAAAAGGGUAACGAAAUUCGAUAAAUUUACUACUAUAAACCUAGCUGAUAGCUGUAAUGAUAGACUCGACUUUUCACCAACAACUUCAGCAGCAGAUUCAGAUUCAAAUUGAGAUACACAGACCGAUACAAAAAGAGAAUCAGAAAACCAAUACCGAAACUAUAAGCCCAAAACGAAACCGAUUAAGAAGAAGAACCUCCGAGCAAACUGGCGUUUCAUUUAAAGAGAGAUACUCAACUUACCGCAGGAUGACGACUACCACUACACUCUACUACAUAGCAUUAGUUUAAACGGUUAGCCAUAGUGACACAUUUGGUUUACUUGAGCAAGGUACAUACUACAGUUAAACUUGGAAAGCGCUAAACGUCUUAAGUGGAGAGACAGAGCUGGCCAAAAACCACUUAAAUGAGGCAUGCCUGUAAGAUAAACGCAAACGCAGAGAUAACACAACCGCUGAAUGUUGCAACGAUAGCCGUUAGUCGAUAGGCAAUAGACGAUAGACGAUAGCAGAUAGCAGAUAGCAGAUAGUCG